UUCUCUCUCCCUCCACAUCUUUCUAGAUUUCCCGAGAUCCUUGGAGCUAGGAAUUAAACGCCGUGCUGUUUUAAAAUUUUAAAAGGGAGAGAGAUGGAGGUGAAGGGUAGAAAGGAAACGUUUGUGCCGUUUGUGUCAAUGGUGAUAAUGGAGGCAUGCACCAUUGCUCUUACGAUAAUGGCCAAAACGGCUAUAACGGGAGGGAUGAGUCCUUUUGUGUUCGUUGUGUACACAAAUGCUUUCGGAUCUAUUCUUUUGCUUCCUUUUUCUUUCUUCUUCCACAGGAAUGACAGAACUGAAGAAUCUAUCUUUUCUCGGCCACUCCUCGUCCGUGUGUUCUUUUUAGGUUUCACCGGGAUAUUUCUGUUCCAAAACUUGGCAUUUGUGGGACUAAGCUUCAGCUCACCCAUAGUGGUAUGUGCAAUGGGAUUACUCAUUCCUUCCUUCUCCUUCUUGCUCAACCUUAUUCUUGGAAGGAGCAAGCUGGAUUGGAGAAACACGAGCACGAGGGCUAAAGUGUUGGGAACAAUAAUCUCAUUUAGUGGAGCAUUUGUUGAAGAAAUGUACAAAGGUCCCUUCAUAAGACCAGCUUCGUCUCCUUCCCCAACUCGUCUUCUUAAAUCGAUCCCUAAACUCUUGGUCUAUUACACCAUCCCCAACAAUUGGUUCCUCGGCUGUAUCUUUUUGGCCGCCGCUUUUUUUUCUGUCUCCCUCUUCAAUGUUAUUCAGAAAGGGACGGUCAAAAAGUAUCCACACGUUAUGAAAGUGGCUUCGUUUUACAGCAUAGUCGGGACUAUUCAGUGUAUAAUAUUCUCGUUGUUUAUGGAAAGAGACCUAAGUGCAUGGAAGAUCGAACCUAACUUCGAUCUUUUCCUCAUUAUCGCCACGGGAAUAUUCGGAAAUGUGAUACGACCAAGCAUACAAGUAAAGUGUGCCCAAAUGAAAGGACCAUAUUACGUACCAUUAUUCAAACCCUUUGGUAUCUUUUGGGCAACAGUCUUUGGCACCAGCUUCUUCGUCAACAGUCUUCGCUACGGCAAUGUGUUAGGAGCAGCCAUAGGUGGUGUUGGAUAUUACUCAGUUUCUUGGGGACAACUGAAGGAAACCGAAGAAAAACAAAAUCCAAUGGAAGAAAGAAAAGCCAUUAAACCUAUGCAUCUUCACGAAGAAGAUGAAAACAAAGCUCCAUUGCUUAUUAAUCAGGAAGAAAGUCCUGUGUGAAUUCUGUAUUAUAUAUUUUCUUAAGAAGAAAAUGAGGGUCUCUUUAAUAUUUGUUGGCCAUUUAUUUGUAUGGCGUAAAUAAGAAAAAAUGCGUGUGAGAGUGUAUGGUAUGUCGUCAGUGUCAAUGGGAGACUGCUGAAGUAGGCUUUUUGGUCCGAAAAGCAAAAUCCACUGAAUGUAAAUGCAUGUCUUUGGAUAUCUAAAGCUCUCUAUUAUGUUUAAA